AUGAAGGACGCAGACAUCGUUGGCCAGUCAUUGGCAGAAGUCCUACCUCAAACGAAUAAGUAUUGGUUUCAACACAAGCAUCUGCUUCAAUUGAACCUACUUCUACUUGUACCAUUGCUUUCAUCCUCAGUCGCAGGUUAUGAUGGAUCACUCAUGAAUGGUCUUCAGUCUCUUCCACAGUGGCGAGGCUACUUUGGAAAUCCAGUGGGAACCAAACUCGGGCUGAUCAACGCUGCCCAGUCCAUCGGCUCGGUCCUUGUUCUGCCAGUUGUCGGCUGGGCGAGCGAUCGCUGGGGUAGGAGAAUAGUUCUUCUUGGUGGUAUCAUUGGCGUUGUACUGGCAACAGUCAUCCAAGCGACUUCAACGACACGCGCUCAGCUUGUCGUGUCUCGCUUAGUAGUAGGCGCCGCUGGAAUGCUUGUUGUACAGCCCGCACCCAUGCUCAUCGCUGAGCUCGCCUACCCGACUCACCGCGGCAAAUACACGAGCGCCUUUUGGACAAUGUAUUAUCUUGGAGCAAUUCUUGCCAGCUGGACAUGCUUUGGCUGCGAGAGUAUUCAGAGCAAUUGGGCAUGGCGUAUUCCGACCAUCAUGCAAGCGGCAUACCCUUUGAUCCAAGCAGCAUUCUGGAUGUGGGUGCCAGAGUCGCCUCGUUGGUUGAUUGCGCAGGACCGAGCACCAGAAGCUAUGGCCAUUCUAGCAAAGUACCAUGCUGGUGGAGAUAUUGACAGUCCUUUGGUCGUUCGCGAGAUGAGCGAGAUUGUCGACGCAAUUCGAAUGGAGAAAGAGAUCAAAACACCAGGUUGGGGAGCGUUGAUCGAGACUCCAGGCAACCGUAAACGACUAUUCAUCGUCGUCUUCCUCGGUGCUGCUGCACAAUGGAACGGCAUCGGUGUUGUGUCUUACUACCUUACGCUAGUACUCAACAGCGUUGGUAUUACAGACUCCUUCACCCAGACUUUGAUAAAUGGCUUGCUUCAGAUUUUCAACUUCGCAGCCGCUUUAUCCGCAGCCUUCCUUGUCGACCGCCUCGGUCGUCGUACACUAUUUAUCUGGUCUGGCUUCGGAAUGCUGGUCUCAUACAUUGUUUGGACCGCAUGCUCGGCUGUUAACAGUAUUGAUGGAAGCAAACCCGCAGGCAUCGUCGUGAUCGUGUGUCUAUUCACAUUCUACUACCACUACGACAUUGCUUACACCCCACUGCUAAUGUCAUAUUCGACCGAAAUAUUGCCAUACGGCCUUCGUAGUAAGGGAUUGACUUGCGAGCUCCUAUCAAUCUACAUCUCGCUGGUCAUUGCAGCAUUCACCAAUCCUAUUGGUCUCGAGAACCUCGGCUGGAAGUUCUACAUAGUUUUUUGUUGUUUCCUCGUAGUGAUCCUCGUAGUCACUUACAUUACGUUCCCGGAAACCAAAGGUCAUUCCUUGGAAGAAAUUGCUCAGAUUUUCGAUGGUCCACAAUCGACACGAGAUGUGGAAGAAAGUGAGAGAGAAAUCAAAAAGGGCUAUGAAGUCGAAGCCACUGAGAAGAUCGAGCGGGUCUGA